AGUGCCUCUGGCCAAGUCCCUCGGAAAAGCGACUCCAGAUCCCAGUGCGGCGCUUACCACUGCUGUGAGACAGGAUGUUCUCGAACACCCAUCUCGAUAAUGAUCAUGGACUUGGCUGAGGAUCAUCAGGCUAUGGACUUUGUCAGCUCAGAUCCAUCAUGUCCCAUGAGCAGGCUGAAGCGCCGCACUGCAUGGCAUGGGUCCUAUUUCAUCACAUUUUCAGCCUCAGCUUCUUUUCGAUUGAGAUGACAUGAACUCAGCACUGCCACGCCGUUCGUUCGGUGUUCGUCAGCAGCUUUCCUACCAGGCCUGCGCCGUAACUCACGCGCAGAGCUAGGCUGCACUCUUGCCACUGGCGAUAUAGGAUUUCUCUGCUGAACCAAAUACCAAAUACGGGUCAAGAACCACCCAUAAGAUGUAAUGGCCCGGAAGGUUGCCAUGUCGCCAGCCUCGUCUACGCCUCUGUCUAGAAGUGCUUCAUCAAUCACCACCAACUUUGAUGACCACUCCCAGUCAUGGUCGAACAAUGGUGCCGCAUAUCAACCACGUCCUCAAGCAUAUGAGCCCUCAUCCAGGACUAAUCCACGAGUCAACGGAAUCGAGUACAAGUCAGAUCUAGGGCCCAAAAGACGUCUCUCGCGGCUCAAGCCGGACCCUCUCAACAUCAGCAGCAAACAGCGAAUCUUUUUCGAAGUCGCAAAGAGCCCUUAUGGAAUCCGAAGCUAUUCCACAGAGGGAUGUUGCUGGCCAAAGGCCAGAAACGAGACUGAGUCGGGCGUUCAAGAGGCGACGAAUGUUCUCGUCUCAAAGCGUAUCAUCGACCUUAACCGGGCCCACACCGUUGAACUGCACUGUCUUUCGGAAACGCCGGAGCCUUUACUAUCAGGGAAUCCACAGUUUCGCUGGUUACACAUGCAGAGUAACCCGAUGGACCUUGAAGAGUUUGAAAAGUUCGCUCUCAAUUCUCCCGGUAUCUCAGGGGACUUGCUGGAUCUUUGCAUCGCGCUUUUUGACCACAUUCGUGAAAACAGCCUGAUCAAGUCUGGCAACUCGCUACAGGUGGAACCAGGGACUGUAAAGCAGUUCAGACUACAGCAUGCUGAUCAAAUUGCGUCAGAAUCUACAUCUGCGACCUUCUCUUCUUUCCCAUAUCUCUCUACUUCCGCUGCUUCUCCGGUGAAGCGUCACCAAGAUCGCAGGCAUCGAAUGCGUACUCUACUAGAGGCAUUCUACCAGUACGAGUCAACUUGUGAGCGUGACAGAAAGCAAGCACUGGGAAAGUUCUUCAGUAACGCUGGUCACAAGAUCAUACACGUGCCUCAGUUGUGGUCCCUACUGCUAGGCUCUGUUCUUGAUCACCUGCUCGCCAGAUUCAGUCAAUGAAAUCCUCGGAAAUCGACUGGUUAGGAUUACUGGUGAAUAUGCUGGAGGAGGUCCUACCGUGCUUCGGAUCAAAGACCCUUUACAGCGUCUACACUCGGUGCCAUUGCGGCCAAGACCAACCUUUUUCAG